AAAACAAUUGGAAGAAAUAGGAAACCAGGAAAAAAAAAUCGAAAAAAGAGGGAGUAUCGAAAAAAGAGAAGGAAGAAUUUGUUGAUGGAAGUAAAAUACAACAAAAGACAAAAAAAAAAAAUAAUAAAAAGCACUCAGAAUACAAUUCCAGCACAAGCACAGUUCCAGCACGUCUGUCUGUCCACAUUUGCCUACACAGCGUUUGCUUGUAUCGCACACCCCCCAACCCCAGUGGUGGCUACUACACACCCGCCGUAGCUACAUGGACUCGCUGGUUCGG